GAGAGAGAGAGAGAGAGAGAGAGAGAGAGAGAGAGAGAGAGAGAGAGAGAGAGAGAGAGAGAGAGAGAGAGAGGGGGUGAAGACAGUUAGUUAGAGGAGAGGAGUUGAUGAGACGAAAAGCUUUUGAUUCCACCCUGUCUAGAAGAGCAGUAUGAGUGGAACCCCCCCAGACAUGUGAAGCAUACUCCAUACAUGGACGGAUAAGGCCCUUGUACAGAGUUAGCAGCUGGGGGGUGAGAAAAACUGGCGGUGACGUCUCAGAAGCUGUUUUAGCUAGAAAUGAGAUGUGAAGUUUCCAGUUCAGAUUAUAAGUAAAGGACAGACCGAGGAUGUUCAGUGUAGAAGAGGGGGACAGUUGAGUGUCAUUGAAGAAGAGGGGAUAGUUGUCUGGAAGGUUGUGUCCAGCUGAUAGAUGCAGGAAUUGAGUUUUUGAGGCAUUGAACAAUACCAAGUUUGCUCUGCCACAAUCAGAAACUUUAGAAAGAUCAGAAGUGAGGCGUUCUGUGGCUUCCCUGCGUGAUAUGUUUACCUCCUGAAGGGUUGGACGUCUAUGAAAAGACGUGGAAAAGUGCAGGGUGGUAUCAUCAGCGUAGGAGUGGAUAGGACAACAGUGAUAGGGUAAAACAUGCUAUGGAGUCCUUGAAGUCCUUAUAAGAGUGAACUUGGAGAUUGAAUGUACGUUUCAAGGGAGUCAAAGAGUGUGAUAGGGGAAAACAUGCUGGAUGAACCUUGAAGUCCUUAUGAAAGUGAACCUUUAGAUCGAAUGUGUGUUUCAAGGGAGUCAAGGAGAGUGAUAGGGGAAAACAUGCUGGGGGAACCUUGAACUCCUUAAGGUAAUGUUUAGUGAGUAAUUUUUUUUUGAGGUUGUAUUUUGUAUGGUUAAAUUAAACACUGGAUUAAUUUCACCUUGUAUUCUGUGGCAACUAGGAAAAAUACAGACUGGGCGGACAUACAGUUAAAUACACAGGUAGCUUAUUGACACACACACACACACACACACACACACAGACAGACUAGAGUGAUAUACAUACAUACAUACAUACAUACAUACAUACAUACGUCCACAUAUACAGGCUUUCAGUGGUUUAUGUAUAUAUUAAUUUUUAUUUGUAUAGAUUUGUGUAUUAAUAAUUAGUUCCUUUAUAAUAUUUAAGCUGUGUGUUUCCAAGAGAUAAAUAAAAUGGUCUUGAUUAUUA